GUUGCGUCAAUGAGCAGAUCCUCAUUCUGUGUGACGAUGCAUUACUCUGUGGCUUUUCUCAGGAAACAAAACCGAACUUUUUUUUUUCUCAAACCCACACACACACGCGCACGCACACACACGCUAACACUCACACACACAGUGGGCAGUAAAGUUUCUUCACACGACUUCGCACCGUUCACUGCUCUAGUCCCUGAUCCACGAGGAAAGUUUCUGAAUUUCCUACCCUGUGUCCUCCAGCCAUGGCCGUCUACCAGCAGCCCGGUCCUUAUCAGCCCGGUCCUUAUCAGCCCGGUCCUUAUCAGCCCAUCAGCCCCACCCAGGUGGUGUCAGUGACCACCACCCAAACCCAACGCCACGGGACAUGGAGCUCCGGCGUCUGCGAUUGCUGCGGUGACAUGGGCACCUGCUGCUAUGGGCUCUGUUGUUUCCCCUGCAUGCAGUGUGAGACGGCCAGUAUGCAUGGCUGGUGCUGCGCCAUGCCCCUCCUGGACGUCUGCUGUAUCGUGUCCUGCCUCCUGCGUUCCUCCAUCCGAGAGCGCCACGGCAUCCACGGUUCGUGCUGCGGCGACUGCUGCGACCUCACCUGGUGUUACAUGUGCGUGUGGUGCCAGAUGCACCGAGAGCUGAAGGUCAGGGGCGCCGGGCCGGCCGGCAACACCAUGGUCACCACGCAGGUCAUCAAUAUAUAGGAUGAAACCUCCGGGAAACAUGGCGCCAGGUCAUAAUAGCUGCAUGCUCCUCUUCGUAGUUGUAGUGUUCUGUAAUCAGUAUUAGUUGUAAGACAAAGAUGCAGCCGACAGAUUCACGCUUGUUUUAGGCAGAUGUUUUAAUUCGGACCGUGGUGAGUGACCAUGUUAUAUUCUGUGUUACUGACUGAUAUAUCCCCUGUUCUUCACACUCUUUGCUGUUGCAUUGUGUAACUUGAGUUAAAAGCAAAAAUACAGUUUUUCUAAUAAAUGUUUUAUACAGCUUUGCAAAAAAAA